AUGGGCGAGCAUAAUCUCCUGAAUCCCGGGUUUGUGGGGCCGCUGGUGAACAUCCACACGGGAGACACCUUCUACUUCCCCAACUUCCGCGCGUCCGGGGCGCAGCUGCCCGGGCUGCCUUCGCUGUCCUAUCCGCGCCGCGACAACGUGUGCUCGCUGCCGUGGCCGUCGGCGGAGCCGUGCAAUGGCUACCCGCAGCCCUAUCUCGGCAGCCCGGUGUCGCUCAACCCGCCCUUCGGCCGCACGUGCGAGCUGGCGCGCGUGGAGGACAGCAAGGGUUACUACCGCGAGCCGUGCGCCGAAGGCGGCGGCGGGGGCCUGAAGCGUGAGGAGCGCGGGCGAGAUCCCGGCCCGGGAGUCGGGCCCGGGGCAGCGCUGCUGCCGCUGGAGCCGUCGGGGCCGCCCGCGCUCGGUUUCAAGUACGACUACGCGGCGGGCGGCGGCGGUGGCGACGGGGGCGCGGGACCCCCGCACGACCCGCCCUCGUGCCAGUCGCUGGAAUCCGACUCCAGUUCGUCCCUGCUCAACGAGGGCAACAAGGGAGCCGGCGCGGGCGACCCCGGCAGCUUGGUAUCGCCUUUAAACCCCGGCGGCGGGCUCGCGGCCAGCGGCGCGCCCUGGUACCCGAUCCACAGCCGCUCACGGAAGAAGCGCAAGCCCUAUUCGAAGUUGCAGCUGGCGGAGCUGGAGGGCGAGUUUCUGGUGAACGAGUUCAUCACACGGCAGCGCCGGAGGGAACUCUCAGACCGCUUGAAUCUUAGUGACCAGCAGGUCAAGAUCUGGUUUCAGAACCGCAGAAUGAAAAAGAAAAGACUUCUGUUGAGGGAGCAAGCUCUCUCCUUCUUUUAG